GAUCUAAUAACAACUUUUCAAAAUAAGCCUUUUCACUUCAGACUCGACAGCUUACCGGUGGUCAGUUCUAUCUCUUUCUCUGCCAGAGGACAUGGAUGCAGGAACCGUUGUAGACAGUCUCCAAGAUGAAGCUUCUUGCUCCAUCUGCCUGCAGUAUUUCCAAGACCCCGUGUCUAUCCACUGUGGGCACAAUUUUUGCCGAGCCUGCAUCACUCAGAACUGGGAGGAAUCAGAUGCAAAUUUCUCCUGCCCUCGGUGCAGAGAAACUGCCCAGCAGAAAAACUUCAGGCCAAACAGAGAGUUGGCAAAAAUUAUUGAAAUAGCAAAACAGCUGAGUUUGCAGGCAGCAAGAGGGGCCACAGGAGGAGAGAAAGUGUGCGAGAAACACCAGGAAUCUCUGAAACUCUUCUGCGAGGAAGAUCACACCCCCAUCUGCUUGAUUUGCAGGGAGUCUCAGGCUCACAAAGCUCAUGCUGUGGUUCCCAUAGGGGAAGCUGCUCAGGACUACAAGGAAAAGAUCCAGGUCCGAUUGCAGGUUCUGAAAGAUGAGAGAGAGAAGCUCCUGGGAGAAAGACAAACAGAAGAGGAAAGAACCCAAGAUUUUCUGGAAGAGUUAGAAACGGAGAAAGUGAAGAUUGUGUGUGAAAUAGAAGAGCUGCACCAUUUCAUGCACGAACAAGAGCGACUCUUGGUGGCCCGCCUGGAUGCCCUGCAAGAGAAGAUUGUGAGGAGAAGGGAUGAGAGAGUUGCCCAGUUCUCUGAGGACAUUGCCCAUCUUGAUGACCUGAUCACUGAAGUGGUGGAGAAGUGUCAGCAGCCGGCAGUUGAGUUCCUGCAGGAUUGCAGAAGCAUUUUGAGCAGGUGGGAAGAGAAGAUCCCAGAGCCACUGGAGACUUCCCUGGAGCUGGAAGAGAAAAUCAACAGUUUUUCACAGGCAAAUAUUGACCUGGAAGAGGUGCGGAGGGAUUUCCAAGUGAACUUGACUUUGGAUCCAGAAACAGCCCAUCCCCGCCUAGUUCUAUCAGAGGACGGGAAGGACGUAAGAUGGGAAGACACUCGGCGGCACGUGCCUGACAACCCGAAAAGAUUUGAUUCCUCUCGCUGUGUGUUGGGCUGUGAGGGCUUCUCCUCUGGGAAAUAUUACUGGGAGGUGGAGGUGUUGGAUGAAGGAGCCUGGGCUGUCGGGGUCGCAAAAGAAUCUGUUAGGAGGAAGGGGAGAAUGACCAUUAACCCUGAGGAGGGGAUCUGGGCUGUGGGGAAAUGUGAGAGCCGCUACCAAGCUCUCACCUCUCCUGUAACCCUGCUUCCCUUGGUUGAGAGCCUCAGGGUGGUUGGGGUUUAUGUGGACUAUGAAGAGGGGCAGGUGGUAUUUUUUAAUGGCAAUUAUGAGGCCCCUAUCUUUACUUACCCUCCAGCCUUUUUCAUGGGUGAGAGAAUCCUGCCUUUACUCUGCCUGGGGAGGAAAACCCACUUCCGACUGUGUCCCUAAAUUACAGGGCUGCAUGGUUCUGAAAGGUAUAUGUUUAGGGUGAGUCUACAGCACAUGACUUUUCUGACACGUCUUCUAGGAAUGGUUAAAAAAAAAAAAAAAAAUCAACAAGAAAAAAACCACUGUUGUAACCAACAUCACAAUGCCAGCUCACCUCUCAUGCAGGGAUCACUGAUACCAAUAAAACAAACCCGUUAUAGGACUAUGCUAAGGGACUGGGUAACCCCUUCUCAGGUUUCAUAUACUGCGGCAUGCUCCUAAGCUUCUGUGCCACAGAUAGAAAAAAAAAGUAAAAAGUUAUGUCAUUACAAUGAUACCAUGAGCUCUGCAACAACCAACCACAUCAUGUAGAGCUGUUCGUUUUCUUUCUCUUUUUCCCUUUUCUUCCAUUUCCUUUUCCCCUUCUUUUUCUUUCCCAUUCCUCCUUCUUGCAUGCCCUACAGAAGUAUGUUGCAUAACCCCAGGGAUACACACGUCCUGAUUUGAGAGACUCUGGUACAGCUUAUGUUGCUCAUAGAAGAGAUUAAACAAUGCCAGCAAAUCCUCUCCUCUGUCUCCCCUAAGGGGUUUUGCCAAUGAAAAUCUUUUUUGGUAGGACUGUGCCACCAAAGCCUUUGUAACACAGACAAGACGUAAGGUUCCAUCCAAAAUGACUUUCUCUAAUAUGCACUCUAAAAAAGCAGGCAUGAGCUGUGAGACAAAUGGCUGCUGAAAUUUUGAACUGGAAUAUUUGGCCGUCUGAAAGACAGCCAGCAAGGUAUUUUGAUUUUUAAUGAAAACAUUAAAUAUUCAGAUAAAAGAAAGGGCCUGCUUUUUCCUGACUCAUUUUUCUCAAUCUUCUUCAUUUAGUUUUAUAUUGUCUUUCGUACACCCCUCUUUCCUGUGUUUCUUGGGAUUCAAUAAUCACAUUGUAUUUCUCCUUUUUAUUUUCUGUUUCCGGCUGUGUAACUCCAGAGAGCUCGCUCUAAGUGAAGCCCAGUGGAGAUGAGACACUUUUUAGCUUGAUAGAGUUAGUAAAGAUAAAGCAAAAAAGAAAAAAGAAUCAGCAACAAAGGGGCAAAAAUUAAUUGAAAGAUUUAGGCCAUGGUGUUGCUCUCCAGACCCACACUGCAAGAGGGUAGACCUUCUCAUGGGAAGCCCCAAGUCUCCAGGCCCAGGAUCAGCCUGGCAGGAGAUAGGAGGGAGUCUGUAGGCUUGGGGCCAUCUCUGAAACUAGAAGAUUGUAUCUGCUGGCUUUGGCUCUGAAAUAUUAACAAACACGGCCCAGAGCAAAGUUGCAGGGGCUUGAAGGGAUCAGAGAGCUCCAAGUAUCAAAGGAGUUUGGUUCAUGUUCAUUUGGAACUGAAAGGAAGAAGCUGGAAGGGAAGGAGAAAAUGAAUUAUUUCUAGAUUUGAGCAGUUUUGUUUUAUUAUUAUUUCUAAAAUUUUACAUUUUUAGGCAAAUAAAUCCUGUGUUUCAUGAUACAAAACAAAAAAUAAAUUGUCUUAAAAUGUCUUUGGAGUUGCAAAAAUGUUCCCUUGUCUUUUCUGUUGAAGGCAAAAUACAACAAUAAACACACGAGCCAUCA